CGGGGGGUUAAGGGGAGCUGAUGUUGUGUUGGUCUGGAGGGUCCCUGUGGCCAGGAAGAGGAUAUGAGAAGAGCAGCUUUGCAGGUAGAGCUCCCCAACGGAGUACCAUGUGAAGGUCUGACAGAGCCCCUUGAUUCGUGGGACAGGAGAGACGUCCCUCUUUCAGUCCAGAAGGGGAAAAUUCUUUGAACGUUUUUGUCUGCUUCAGUAGGCUCUUAAAGUAUCGUCUUUACCUGAACCACAGGGGCACGUGCCUGAGCCAGUUUGCCCACUGUGGGGAAAGGAAGUCUCAGGAGGCAUUCCGCGCGCCAUGGAGAAACCGUGGAAGUGUGGGGAUUGCGGGAAAGGGUUCCGCUCCCCCUCCGUGCUGGAGAUCCACCGCCGUGUCCACACUGGGGAGAGGCCGUUCAGCUGCUCGGUGUGCGGCAAGGGCUUCACCCAGCUGUCUAUCCUGCUGACCCACCAGCGUUUCCACACCGGGGAGCGGUCCUUCACCUGCCCCGUCUGCGGCAAGUUCUUCACCCAGUCGUCCACCCUGCUGACCCACCAGCGGGUCCACACCAGGGAGCGGACCUUCACCUGCUCCGUCUGCGGCAAGGGCUUCACCGACUCCUCCCACCUGCUGACCCACCAGCGGGUCCACACCGGGGAGAGGCCGUUCAGCUGCUCGGUCUGUGGCAAGAGCUUUACCCAGUCGUCCAACCUGCUGCGGCACCAGCGGCUCCACACCGGGGAGCGGCCCUUCACCUGCUCCGUCUGCGGCAAGGGCUUCACCGACUCCUCCCACCUGCUGACCCACCAGCGGGUCCACACCGGGGAGAGUCCGUUCAGCUGCUCGGUCUGCGGCAAGAGCUUUACCCAGUCGUCGAACCUGCUGCAGCACCAGCAGGUCCACACCGGAGAGUGGCCCUUCACCUGCUCCGUCUGCGGCAAGGGCUUCGCCCGCUCGUCCGACCUGCUAACCCACCAGCGGGUCCACACCGGGGAGCGGCCGUUCAGCUGCUCCGUCUGCGGCAAGGGCUUCGCCCGCUCGUCCGACCUGCUAACCCACCAGCGGGUCCACACCAGGGAGCGGCCGUUCAGCUGCUCGGUCUGCGGCAAGAGCUUCACCCGCUCGUCCACCCUGCUGCAGCACCAGCGGCUUCACACCGGGGAGCGGCCCUUCACCUGCUCCGUCUGCGGCAAGAGCUUCUCUCACUUGUCCAACCUGCUGACCCACCAGCGGCUCCACACCAGGGAGCGGCCCUUCACCUGCUCUGUCUGCGGCAAGGGCUUCACCCGCUCGUCCGACCUGCUAACCCACCAGCAGCUCCACACCGGGGAGCGGCCGUUCAGCUGCUCGGUCUGCGGCAAGAGCUUCACCCGCUCGUCCACCCUGCUGCAGCACCAGCGGCUUCACACUGGGGAGCGGCCCUUCACCUGCUCCGUCUGCGGCAAGAGCUUCUCUCGCUCGUCCAACCUGCUGACCCACCGCCGGGUCCACACUAGGGAGCGGCCCUUCACCUGCUCCGUCUGCGGCAAGGGCUUCACCCGCUCGUCCGACCUGCUAACCCACCAGCAGGUCCACACCGGGGAGCGGCCCUUCACCUGCUCCGUCUGCGGCAAGGGCUUCACCCACUCGUCCAACCUGCUGACCCACCAGCAGGUCCACACCAGGGAGCGGCCCUUCACCUGCUCCGUCUGCGGCAAGGGCUUCACCCGCUCGUCCGACCUGCUAACCCACCAGCGGGUCCACACCGGGGAGAGGCCGUUCAGCUGCUCGGUCUGCGGCAAGAGCUUUACCCAGUCGUCCAACCUGCUGCGGCACCAGCGGCUUCACACCGGGGAGCGGCCCUUCACCUGCCCCGUCUGCGGGAGGGGCUUCGCUCAGUCCCAGCACCUGCUGCGGCACCAGCGGGGGCACAAGUGACGGGGCCAGCCGCUGUGAGUCACCGCCCAGGGCUGAACCCUGGGUGGGAUGGGGGAGGGUCACUGCAGUUGCUGUGCUCUCAUCCCCUUGGCAUCCAGUGGCUCUGCGAGCCUGCGACUGCGCAUUUCCUCCUGAAGUGGAGAUGUACAACACAGAAACAGACCCUUCGCUCCAACCCCUCCAUAUCCUCAACCAGUCAAGUCCCAUUUGCCAGCAAUUGGCCCUAUCCCUCCAAACCUCUCCUUAUACAGAUACCCAAGUGGAUGCCUUUUAAAUGUUGCAAUUGUACCAGCCUCCACCACUUCCUCUGGCAGCUCAUUCCACACGCACACACACCACCCUCUGUGUGAAAAAUGUUGCCCCUUAGGACCCUUUUUAAAUCUUUCCCCUCUCACCCUAAACCUAUGCCCUCUAGUUCUGGCAAAAGACUUUGUCUAUCCCUAUCCAUGCCCCUCAUGAAUUUAUAAACCUCUCUUAAAGUCAACCCUCAGCCUCUGACGUUCCAGGGAAGACAACCCCAGCCUGUUCAGCCUCUCCCUGUAGCUCAAACCCUCCAACCCUGGCAACAUCCUUGUCAAUCUUUCUGAACCCUUUCAAGUUUUGCAACAUCCUUCCGAUAGACCAGAAGUGCACAUAAUACAGAGGAACUUCGAUUAUCCAGAAUUAGAUGAACCAGCACGGUGGCUCAGUGGUUAGCGCUGCUACCUCACAGUACCAGGGACCCGGGUUUCAUUCCUGCCUCAGGCGACAGACUGUGUGGAGUUUGCACAUUCUCCCCGCGUCUGCGUGGGUUUCCUCCUAGUGCUCCGGUUCCGUCCCACAGUCCAAAGAUGUGCAGGUCAGGGUGAAUUGGCCAUGCUAAAUUGCCCGUCGUGUUAGGUAUAUUAGUCAGAGGGAAAUGGGUCUGGGUGGGUUACUCUUCGGAGGCUCAGUGUGGACUGGUUGGGCCUGUUUCCACACUAAGGGAUCUAAUCGUCAAGCGACUGAAAUACACCCUGCAUGUGUCCUUUGGAUAAUCGAGGUUCCUGUGUAUUCCAAAAGUGGCCUAACCAACGUCCUGUCCAGACCCCAACCCCUAUACUCAGUGCUUUGGCCAAUAAAGUGAUCUGCAGAAUCUGCGGGACUUGCUUAAUCCUGGGAGGUAAAUCACGUGUUUCUCCUUCUCUUGCAGGUGGAUCCAAGAUUUCACUCUCUGUCCCAUUGAGUCUCCAGUCAGGUCCUUCAACUCAACUGGUCUCUCUCAGUAUUUCUGACCCAUGUGAGCCUCUACGCACCUCCCCUUCACUUGCUCACACUUGAUUUCCCUUACAGCAGCAUUCCCUUCAGUUCCUUUCUCCCUGACGUCUGUAUCCAGCUUCUCCUUAAAUGCCGUCCACCUCAACCUGCUACUGUGGGGGUCAUUCCCGCUGCAGACAGAGGUCUCUCCUUGUAACCUCUUCAAAAGAUUUACUGCUGACUUCCCCCUUCAGUCUUUUCCAUUUCUGGGUCUCCCCGCUGUUGCGAAACUUGGAAGAGUUCAGAAAAGAUUUACAAGGAUGUUGCCAGGGUUGGAGGAUCUGAGCUACAGGGAGAGGCUGAACAGGCUGGGGCUGUUUUCCCUGGAGCGUCGGAGGCUGAGGGAUGACCUUAGAGGUUUACAAAAUUAUGACUGGCAUGGAUAGGAUAAAUAGGCAAAGUCUUUUCCCUGGGGUUGGGGAAUCCAGAACUAGAGGGCAUAGGUUUAGGGUGAGAAGGGAAGAUAUAAAAGAGACCUACAGGGCAACUUUUUCAUACAGAAGGUGGUGUGUGUAUGGAAUGAGCUGCCAGAGGAUGUGGUGGAGGCUGGUACAAUUGCAACAUUUAAGAGGCAUUUGGAUGGGUAUAUGAAUAGGAAGGGUUUGGAGGGAUAUGGGCCGGGUGCUGGCAGGUGGGACUAGAUUGGAUUGGGAUAUUUGGUCGGUAUGGACGGGUUAGACCGAAGGGUCUGUUUCCGUGCUGUACAUCUCUUGACAAAGCCUUGUCUGAGGGUGAAAUGUUGUCAUUCCCGUUGAUGCGGGUGGUCCCCUGUCUGUUGUCCUUUUUGUUUCCUUUCUCGGAAAGGACGUCGCGGACGUGGGCAGCGUUCCCGAGCCCCGCUCCGGAGCGGGCUGUUCCGUCCUCUUCCAGCCCCCGGGAGAAGGGGCAGCUUGAGUGCAUUGGGAGAGUGGGCCAUUCACCGGGAGGGUGCCAAUGGGACGGGAGAGCGGUACCAGUAAUGGGGCGAGGGGGAGAUGCCUCAGACCGCCAGAAACACUGGGGCAGCUGCUCGCGUGCUCCUUUUGGAUCUCACAGCACAGGGAGGCCAUUCAUCUGAUUACCUCCCCGUCUCUGUCUCUCUGGCUCUGUCUCUCUCUCUCUCUCUCUCUGCGUCUGUCUGUCUCUCUGAGGUGACAGCGGAUUCCAGCAUAUUGCUGAUUGCUGGGUAAACCUGUUUUUCCUCUGUUUUCCCCCUCUCUCUCUUGCUCAAACCCCUGAACUUCAGGCCGCCCCUGACCUUGUCAUUAUCAGUGAAUAGGGAACAGCUUUUCUUCCUCCACCUUAUCUGAACCUAUCACAAUCUUCCCCACUUUCACCAGUUGUAUCUGUGUGUGACCCUCUCUUUCUGUGUCUCUUUCUCUCCUAAGCCCCCUCCCUCACCACAUCCCAUUUACCCACCCCCUCCUGUCAUGCUCCCACUUUCAAACGGUCUCGUUGUGUUUUCACUGCCUCUUCCCCAUCGUUUCCAUCAAGCACCUCAUCUCAUGCUGAGAACCCCUGCAGUGUAGGAGCAGGCCCUUCAGCCCAUCCAAUUCACACCAACCCUCCCUCACCCAGACCUCUGCCCGUAACCCUGCAAUUCCCAUUGACUAACCCACCUAGCCUACACUAUGGGUAAUUUAGCACGGCCAAUGCACCCUAACCUGCACA